AGCUUAGUGGUCUGUGGUACAUAUUUUGUAAAUUGAGUUCUGAAAUCUGAAUGUGAAAAAUAUUUCUGAUUAUAUGAUAUUAUUAACGCUUAAAAAUGCAAUUAAAAAAAAUUAAUAGAACAGUUUUGAACUAAUUAGACACUGCACACUUAUAAUUCUAUUAUAUGCUUAUUUUAUUAACAAUUUACGCUUCUUAUACUUAAUGGAAGAUGGCAUAUGAAUUAACUGCAGAAGGAUUUUUAUCUUCAGCAAAAGCCUUUAUUGAAACGUCUAAUCUUCUUCAUGAUGAUUGGAAAUUGUACGAAAACUCGGACAUCUGUAAAAGUUAUAUUCGGAAGAACACUUUUAUUGAUGUCAAAGGACAAUUGUUUAAAGCCGAGUUUGUUAUAUUUUACCAUUUGAGCUAUGGUGUGCCCUCUUUUAGUUUUAAUAUAUGGGAUUCUUCAGGAAUGCUAUUGAAUUUGGAAGAUAUAAGGAAAAUAUCUUUUACAAAGAUAAACCAAAAGGAUUUUUAUUCUGUUAUAACCCAACAGGAACAUCCAGUAUUAUGCCGACCAUUCUUUAUUAUGCAUCCAUGCCACACUUAUCAAUUACUAUCUAGCUUAAGAGAAUCUAAGAAUAUUAUUGUAACAUUCCUAGGACUCAUCACUCCACUAAUAAAUUUACAACUAUCUUUAAAAUAUGGCUUAUGAUUUUAGUUUUCUCAUUAAAAUCUGAUGCUCAAACAUCAAA